CCUGACGUGUCAGAGGCCUCAUCAUCAGUGGGAGAGUAUAAAAGGACCUACAAGUGUGUCAAGGGCUAUGGUGUGCUUAACAUCCACAGCCCUACAACCAUGGGAAAGAUUAUCUUUUACGAAGGCCGCAACUUCCAGGGCCGCCACUGGGAGUGCAGCAGUGACUGCAUGGACACCUUCAGGCACUUUAACUGCUGCAACUCCAUGCGUGUCAGCGGUGGUCACUGGGUGGCCUAUGAGAAGCCUCACUACAUGGGUUACCAGUACAUCAUCGGCCCCGGCGAGUACCCUGACUACCACUGCUGGAUGGGCUUCAACAACUGCAUCCGCUCCUGCCAGAUGUACCCCCCUUAUAGAGGAUCCUACAAGAUGAGGAUCUACAACAGGCCUGAUAUGAUGGGACACAAAAUGGAGUUCAUGGACGACUGCCCCAACCUGUACGAGCGCUUCCGCUACCGUGACAUUUACUCCUGCAACAUCAUGGAGGGUUUCUGGAUCUUCUAUGAGCACCCUAACUACAGGGGACGCCAGUAUUUCCUGCGCCCCGGAGAGUACAAGGCCUGUGGUGACUGGGGCUGCCACAACCCUAUGGUGGGCUCAUUCAGGAGGAUGAGGAAUGUCAUGUAAACUGCGCAUCUCAAAUUAAAAAAUUGAUUUUCAAAUAA